AUUCUUCUACAUUUGUUCGUCUUUUGUCAUUCAUCUCACAUACCCAUACAUUCAUACAUUCAUACAUUCAUACAUUCACACAUACUUUAUAUUCUCAUGUUGUUGAGCUCGUUAUUUUAUUGUAUCUUUUAUUUGUCCUUAUUCUUUCUUUCAUACUAUGGGAUCCACUCUCAGUUCCGAGUCAGCAACACAGGACCAUGAGCAUUAUCGAGCACUGGCAAGAAAGAGCGCUGUAAAACGUCAAGAAUUCAUUCAGCAAUCACAAAUUGCCUAUAGAUUGGGGGAUGGUGCCAAAGCAAAAGCAAAGGAGUAUGAGCGUGAAAUGAUUCAGUACAACAACAAAGCAAAGGAUAUUGUCUUUAAAGUCAAUAAUGCUUCCAGGGCACCUAAUGAACUGGAUUUGCAUGGUCUCAAGGUUAAAGAAGCCCUAGAGAUUGCACGCGACCGAAUAGAGUUGUUUAUCAGGAACAACGAGAAGGAGUUGAUCAUCAUUGUGGGUCAAGGAAGGAAUUCAUUGAAUGGUGUCGCGAAGAUUAAGCCAGCAAUCACAGAGAUGAUGAGUGAAUUUAAAGUCAAGGCUACGCCCAAUAAGCCGAAUGCUGGGUGCAUUCUGGUCGAGCGUUUGCACUCAGGCGAAGGAAUUGAUUUUUCCUGGAUCGAUUCGUUUUUUCGACAUGCGGUUCAGAAGCUGUUUCGAUCUAUCUUUGGGUGAAGAAUCCUUUUUCCCUUUUCCUUUUCCUUUUCCUUUUCUAUCUUUGAAUACAAUGGCAACAAAAACAACAAAAAAAAAGCCUUGUGUUGUAUUAUCUGUGUAAAAUAUAAAAAAGAUCAUUAAUAUUUCCAAUGCCCAAUAAGUAUCCCCGCCUUUUUUUGUUUUGUGGC